CUAGCCCGGGUGGAGCGGCUGCCGAUCGCAGGACCGGAACGAUGGGUGAAAACGCUCCCCCGGCCCCUUAGACAGGAGUUGGACGGGGGUGGGAGGGCCACGCACGAGCACCAACCCGCUACCCCCGACCUGGGGCCGUGGAAGAGGGUGCGGGUGGAGGGUGGAGCUCGCUGAGCACGCGAGCAGAAGCCGCAGGCCGGAGCCAGAGGGAGGCCCCAGGACGCGGCUGCGCGCCGCCUCUCAGGGUCCCGGGAGAGAGAGCGUGGGUGCCUGGGGUGCCGUGGCGAAGGCUGCCCGACCAGGGCAGGCCAGCGGCAGGUGCCGCCGGGAGCUCAGCGCUGGGGGCCCUGCGUGCAGCCAUGCGCUGGCUCCUCCCGGGCUCCAGCUCAAUCGCAGCGACCCUGCGAGCCCCCCGCCCCCGCCAGGCUGUGCCCCUCAGCCUCCGCACAGGUGGGGGCUCGGGCUGUGCGGAGAGAACCACGAAUGCCUGCUCUGCCCCAGGGCUGCUCUCCGAGCUGAAGCUGGCGGUGCCCUGGGGCCACAUUGCCGCCAAGGCCUGGGGCUCCGCGCAGGGUCCCCCGGUUCUCUGCCUGCACGGCUGGCUGGACAACGCCAACUCCUUCGACCGACUCAUCCCUCUGCUCCCUCAAGACUUUCACUACAUCGCCAUGGAUUUCGGGGGUCACGGGCUCUCGUCCCAUUACAGCCCAGGUCUCCCCUAUUACCACCAAAGCUUUGUGAGUGAGAUCCGCAGGGUCGCGGCAGCCUUGAAAUGGAAUCGGUUCUCCCUCAUGGGCCACAGCUUUGGCGGCACUGUGGGCGGCAUGUUCUCCUGCACCUUCCCGGAGAUGGUGGACAAACUCAUCUUGCUGGACGCCUCGCCGCUCGCCCUGGACUCUAACGAGCUGGAGCACCUGCUGACCUACAGGCGGAGAGCCAUCGAGCACACGCUGCAGGUGGAGGCCUCCCAGAAGCCCUCGCGCGUGGUCAGCCCGGCAGAGAUGCUGCAGGGGUUCCUGAAGAACAACAGCCACGUGGGUGAGGAGUGUGGGGAGCUCCUGCUGCAGCGGGGAGCCACGCGGGUGGCCGCAGGGCUGGUGCUGAACAGAGACCGGAGGAUCGCCUGGCCGGAGCACAGCUUCGAAUUCGUCAGCAGGGAGCUGUUUGUGCACGCCAUCCGGAAGCUGCAGGCCCGCGUCCUGCUCAUCAAAGCCCUGCAAGGGUACUACGCUGUGAGGAGAGAGAAUGACGCCAACAGGGAGCCGCUGCUCUUCAUGCUGGCCACGCUGCGGUCCACCCUCACAGAGCGGUUCCAGUUCGUGGAAGUCCCAGGCAACCACUACGUGCACAUGAACGAGCCCCGCCAUGUGGCCGGAGUCAUCAGCACCUUCUUACAGAGCACGGGACCCCAGCCCGGCUACAGCUGAGACAGCUCACCCCCCCGCACCGGCGUCCGCCCCGCUCCAAGGUCCCGGCCCCCAGGAGGCCUGCGCCGGCUCUGACUCUCACACCUGUGAUGGCGACAGGGGGACUGGACUCCGGGCGCCGGCAGUAGAGGUGGAGGAGGCGGGACAGGCGCUCCUGGGCCUGCAGCCCCAAGGCCCUGUAACCUCUCCCCACUGCCCAGCAGAACGGGAAAUAAACUGUCCUUGUGU